CCUUCGGCGAGACCCGGGGCGACCGAGAGCGGCUGAGCUCGAGAGCUUUCGAGUUCUUUGAAGUUGAGAACAUGAUAAGGAGUUGGCUGAUUAUUUUCAUCCUUUUUCCCCUGAUGCUCAUAGAGAAAUGUGGGUCCACAGUCAGCUUCACUGCUCCUUCCACCGUGACGCUGGAAGAAAGAAGAUCAGCCAAUGUCAGCAUUGAUCUUCAGCACCCGUUAAAUGAAACCUUGGUGAUCACUCUUGAAAUCACAUUUUGUUCCAAAAAUGUUACUAUCCUUACACUCCCCAAUGAAGUGGUGGUGCCUCCCGGAGUGACACACUCCUCUUUCCAAGUGACAUCUGAAAAUGUUGGACAGGUUACCAUUUAUCUACAUGGAAACCAUUCCAACCAGACCAGCACUAGGAUAAUCUUCUUGGUGAUCCACAGUCACACUGUGAGCAUCAUCAACCAGGUGAUUGGCUGGAUCUACUUUGUCGCCUGGUCUGUCUCCUUCUACCCUCAGGUGAUCAAAAACUGGAGGCGGAAGAGCGUCAUUGGCCUGAGCUUCGAUUUUGUGGCCCUGAACCUAAUGGGCUUCGUGGCGUACAGUGUGUUCAAUAUCGGCCUUCUCUGGGUGCCCUACAUCCAGGAGCAGUUUCUCCUCCAGCACCCCAACGGAGUGAACCCCGUUGACAACAAUGAUGUCUUCUUCAGCCUGCAUGCCAUGGUCCUCACGCUGGUGGUGCUGGUGCAGUGCUUCAUAUAUGAGCGGGGCCAGCAGCGCGUGUCCCGGCCUGCCAUCUGCUUCCUGGUGCUCUCAUGCCUCUUCACACUCAUCACCUUGAUUUUGGCAGCAGUUGGGGUCACCACCUGGCUGCAGUUUCUCUUCUGCUUCUCCUACAUCAAGCUUGCCGUGACACUGAUCAAGUAUUUUCCACAGGCCUACAUGAACUUUAGCCUCAAAAGCACUGAGGGCUGGAGCAUUGGCAAUGUGCUUCUGGACUUCACCGGGGGCAGCUUCAGCCUCCUCCAGAUGUUCCUCCAGUCCUACAACAAUGACCAGUGGACACUGAUCUUUGGAGACCCAACCAAGUUCGGACUCGGAGUCUUCUCCAUCUUCUUCGACGUUGUCUUCUUCGUCCAGCACUUCUGCUUGUACAGAAAGAAACCAGGGUAUGAGCAGUUGAACUAGCACCCAGAGACCCUGUGUCCAGUCCUGUGUCCAGUCCUGUGCCCUGGUGGGUAAGGCUGUAGUAGGAAGGCGGAAGAAGUGGUCCGGAGCCCUGGGCUGGCUAGGGUGCGGACACUGGAGUAGCACCCUAUUCCUCAGAGCCAAGGCCUUAAACACACAUCAGCCUGUCUUCCUCCAGGACACUCCCGGCCAGGGAGGAGCCUCCCUCCGGGACAGACAGCUAACACCGUUGCUCCAAGAUAAAGCCAGAUGGCCGCAGUCCCUCCCAACCUCCCCAGACGUCUGAGCCCUUGCUGGCCCUCACUGCUCAGGCUUCUGGGCCCUCCUGCAUCUUGAUGCCUCAUCUCUGUCUUCUUUAAGGCAUCAGAAAGCACGCACAAGUUGCCAGCCAUCCCAGGCAGGACUGGAAGCUGAGUUUGGAGCCAAAGGCCUUGCCCUAAGUGACCACUGCUCCUGGCAGCAACCUGAGAGACUGACCCUGAAGCUGGGAGAGUCAAAGGUGUUUGCUACUGUUACUGCUGUAUUCCCAGAGACCAAGCAGCCAGGUGCUGUGACUGAUAGACUCGGAGGUGCUGGUGCUGGUGGCGGGGUACUAGGAUAUGGGGGUUAGACCUUGGACUCCUGCCUCUGCAACCCACAUUCCCUGAGCUAUCGGCUCACUCCUGACACUCACUACCUAACAGCUUCCAUGACUGCAAGCCCAGGUGGGCAGUGCAGGGCACGAUAUAAGCAGUAUUGAGACUAGAGGUACUCAAUGGAUGGAUUUUGAACUAUACUCAUGCCCAGCACCCUCUGGACCUUUAGCACACUAACCCUUUAUGGAUUUUCUGGAAUUGGUUUGGUUUGGUAUAGUUUGUUUUUUCUGUUU